AUGGUAGGGCUUCAACGUCUCAUGUCCCAAUUCUCCAAGAAUUCCAUUCAAUACGAUCGAGUGGAGAGUGAAGAAGAUAAAGAAAUCACCCACGAAUCAACGCCAAAAGGUAAGACUCGCCAUGAAAAACUCAAGCAGAUUCUAUCCCGAGUGUCGUUACUAUGGAUAAACACCACGCUCCUCGGGAUCACGGGGAUAUUCUUCUUCGGUAAUGGCCAACCGAAUGGCAAGCCCGCUUGUGAGGUUGAUGGUUUUAUAGCACCCGCCAUGGACGAUGCCGAUGUCUCCUUUUCCACGGAGUGGAUCGAUGGCAAUUUCCUCAACAACGAUCCGCUGAGCAUAUUCCGCCAGGAACCCAGCCUUGAAGUCGACAUUGCCUGGUCCAAGCUCGCCGAUACGAGGCCAAUUCCUCUGACACGGGAAGAUGUGUUGGCGAUUGGGAAAGACCCGGAGAAGUCAGUGAAACUAGGACCGGAAUUCGGCCUGGGUCCGGACCUAUACGCCGGUCGGGUCGACGUGUUCCACCAGCUGCAUUGCUUAGAUGCGCUGCGACAAGAGGCAUAUUUCGAGCACUACUACCACAACACGUACCCAGGCGGGUAUAACCAGACCACCCAAAAGCACCGCGCUCAUCUGUCGCAUUGCAUCCAUAUUAUUUUGCAGAAUAUCCUCUGCCACGCAAAUACAGAUAUUCUCACCCACAUCUGGACCGAUGCAGUCGAUCAUCCGUGGCCGGACUUCAAUAUUCCGCAUAGAUGCCGGGACUAUCGGGCGUUAAUGGACUGGCAACAUCGCCAUGCCGUGGACGAGGGUUUAUUUGUCAAGAUGAAGAGACCAGUGGGCCAGGAGCCUCGCAGGACAAGUAGCCACUUCAAGAAGAUUGUCAAUUCGGAAAUGUAUGGCCAUCUUGAAGACAUCAUGGAUGAUGGGGAUGUUGCAUAG